GCUCUUCAGAUCUAAGGCCUUCUGCUACUUCUCCUCUGCCAGUUUUGAAUGAGAGCUUCCUCUUCUUGGGUUAUGAACAUGCUGCUGUUCGUAUUGCUUUGGAAUACUUGAAGUGUGAGUUGAUUUGUUAUGAUAUUGGUUUAGGUUCUAUUUGGUCCUUGGAUAAGAAGAGUGUUGGGAUUUCUUUGGUGUCCUGGUCUCAUGGGACUGAUUCGCGACAUAUAUCCCAUUUGGCUACAAGUUUAUUGGAACCAGAGCUUUUUGAACUAUCUACUCUAUUCUAUCUUCCUUUUCGUAGUCCUUGUAAUGUACAAGCGGGAAUUCUG